AUGACGUCACCCCCCUUAGGGCUGGCGUUCCCGGAGUGGGCACCGGGAGGGGACGCAGGGCUGGCGUUCCCCGAGUGGGCGUACAAGGCGGAGUCGAGCCCCGGCUCGCGGCAGAUCCAGCUGUGGCACUUCAUCCUGGAGCUGCUGCGGCAGGAGCAGUACCGCGAGGUCAUCGCCUGGCAGGGCGACUACGGCGAGUUCGUCAUCAAGGACCCCGACGAGGUGGCGCGGCUCUGGGGCGUGCGCAAGUGCAAGCCCCACAUGAACUACGACAAGCUCAGCCGCGCCCUCAG